AUGGAACCAGAAACCAAAUGCAUAGAGCUGAAACUAAUUUCCUGCAAGGACAUAAGCGCCUUCAACUUCUUCCAAAAACUCACCCUUUACGCGCUCGUCUUCAUCGAGAGCGAGGAUCCCAAUACGGAUCUAACGGCGGAACAGAGGCAGAUGCAGAGAACGUUAACGGACCGAGACCCCGACGGCGAUGGCAGCAACCCAGAGUGGAAUCACCACGCGCGUUUCGAUUUGUGGUGGCUUUCGCACUCUUCGCGCGAUUCCGAUGGAUCAGAUCUCUUUCUCCGCUUCGAGUUCCGCCAUGACGGCGUCGUUUUAGGCGACAAGCUCGUCGGAGAAUGCCGCGUGCCGCUCGCCGAUCUGAUCCGCGACGCCGCCGACGGUGCGGCGAGGUUCGUGAGCUACGAGGUGAGGUCCGGGGAAGGUAGGCCCAACGGGAUCUUCCAUUUCUCGUACAGCGUGAAGGGGAUUGGGGCCCACACGUCGCAGAUUCUCGAGGGGAGAAUCUCCGGGUACCCGGUUCUGCCUCCGGAGGAUUGCGCUCCCAAUCAGGUGCAACAAUAUCCAUAUCCUACAUGUCAAAUUGAGAACACGUGUUGUUACCCGACGGUUGCGUUGCCGGUGGGUUCUCCCGUCUAUUCCGCCGCAGUUCCGCCACCUGUUUUUACUCCGUCGGAUGGAGAGUAUCAUUGUUAUUACCCGCCUCCGCCUCCGCCGCCGCCGGUGGUGUAUCCAUACCCUCCUCCGCCUCCUCCGGUGUUGCAUGCUUACUCGCCUUAUGGGCCGGAGGCCCAUCCCUAUCCACCAGGCCCGUAUUGUAAACGCAGGUGGUAA